GGCAGCAAAAGGUUGUUUUGACGUCUUGAACAUCAACAACAUGGCGGACGCAAAGAUUCAGGAACUGCUGGCCAAGCCGCGCAACGAGCUCACUGAGUUCGAGAUCGCGCAACUCGAGGAACACGAAUUCACAUCAGGUCCUCUCUCUAUCCUCCAGACCGCCGUUCGAUCGCAUACCCAAGUCCUCAUCUCGUGCCGAAACAACAGAAAACUCCUUGCACGUGUGAAGGCGUUCGAUAGGCAUUGCAAUAUGGUAUUGGAGAAUGUGAAGGAGAUGUGGACGGAAACACCGAGAAAUGCACAAGGAAAGAAGGGAAGACCUGUGAACAAGGAUCGGUUCAUUAGCAAGAUGUUCUUACGGGGAGAUUCUGUUAUUCUGGUUCUUCUCAGUUGAGCUUUCUAUCUGGCGCUUUUCUAUGGAUGGUAUCUGGCAGUGGCAUGGGUUGGCUCAUAGUGGUUUCUCUGGAAAUGAAUACGACGGCGUCGAAAAGUGGCUGA